GUCGUGCGAGGCUGUGGUGCGCAAUGUGGCAGCUAUGGAGUCAGACUUCGCGUUGCUGCACAAAACAAUCUCCACAACGGCCACCACCACCCCUGCCGCUGAUGCUAAACGCAAGCGCAAGGAAGCCCUAUAUGCGCUGGGCAGCCGGGUCAAAUACCUGGUCGACACGCCAGAGAAGAUCUGGGGGUGUUUGGACGAGCGAAUGUUCCUGGAAGCUGCGCAACGGUUCAUGCGCGCAUGGGAGGUGCACCAGCUGCUGUCGCCCUCCCUGGGCUCAAAAGGAGCAGCAGCAGGAGGAGGAGCAGGAGGAGGAGGGGGAGGGGAUGGCGCAGCAGCCGGGGGGUGGCAGGCGCAGCAGCAAGGGUUGAUGGCGUCGUUUCCGCUGCUGCGGCACCAGUGGCCGCUCGUGGAGACGUUUCGCACUCAGAUCGUUGAGAGGAGCAGGGAGUGUCUGCAUGAUGCAUCCCGCAUUCCAGCAGCAGGCGUGGGAGAGUACGCAGCAGCACUGGCAGCGGUGGCAGUGAUGGAAGAGCUCUCGUCCCACGACCUGCUCUCUCUCUUCCUCAACGCCCGUAGAGCCUGCCUGCGCUCCCAGUGGCCGGGUGUGAGUGAGAAGGAGGGUAUACCGCAGCGCACGAUUUGCUCGACCUCUUUCUUGACGCCCGUGGAGCAUGCUUGUGCUCCCAGGUGCAUGUAUCCCUCGCCUCUGCCACCUUCAGCUCUGGGCGACGGGGGCAGCCUCGCAGAUGGGCUAGUGCAAACCAGUCCCCUCGCAGAUGGGCUAGUGCAAACCAGUCCCCUCCCUCCCAACCCCUCUCAUCCCCUUGCAUCCUGUCCCAACCCUUCUCAUGCCCGCCCUACCUCCACUCCUCCCUGUUGCACCUUGCCUCUGCCGCUUCAGCUCUGGGCGCCGGGGGGGGGGGGGGGGGGGGGGGGGGGGGUGGUGGGGGGGGAGGGGGGCUUUGCUGAUGUGCUAGCACAAACCAGUCCCCUCCCACCCCCUCUCAUCCCCUCUCAUCCUGUCUCAACCCCUCAACCCCUCUCAUGCCCGCCCUCCACUCCUCCCUCCCUGUCGCAGCUCGCCUCUGCCACCUUAGCUCUGGGCGCUGGGGGGAGUUUUGCUGAUGCGCUAAUGCGAACCAGUCCCCUCCCACCCCCUGUCAUCCCCUCUCAUCCUUUCCCAACCCCUCCCAACCCCUCUCAUGCCCGCCGUCCCCCCACUCCUUCCUCUCUGGGCGCUGGGGGGAGUUUUGCUGAUGCGCUGGCAGCACUGCUCAGCCAGCUGGUAGCUCUGAUUCAGGUAUACCAGCGGCAGGAGGUAUAUCAGUG